AUGACUCCUCUAAAGAUGCGUGGUUUUGUCCAAGUUUGGAGCAAGAAGACUAAGAGGACUAAGCUGAAAGAGGCAGUCAUUGAGACAGUAGAAGGAGAACAUGAAACAAACCUGGUAGUUUACUUCAAGUCUGGAGAAUUGACAAGGAUUUUCCAGCUGAGUAAUGUGGUCCUUAGAUACUGUGAAGAGAGACAAAGUUGCCUGUGUUUAACUUUGCAAAACAAUACUCCCUUGCUUAUUAACAAAUUAUCCAGCAUAGAUGCUGAGCAAUUGAAGAUGUUUCUGGACAUUUGUCAUCGAAACAGAUUUCAACAACCCAAGAAACCAGAGAGUUUUAUUCUGUGUUUUCCUGAAUCCAUGGAUGCACAGAAGGCAACUAACAAAACUCUGUCUUACAAGCCAAUGUAUGGGUCCUUUAAUGCCAGAAAAAGAAGUGGAUCAGCUUUCCCUCAGACGAUGCUUCUGUUCACAUCAAAUUCAUUGGUUUUUGUUAGAAAGUGGUUAAUAGAAAAUCUAAGUGAAAAGAGGAAAACGAUGUCAUGUGGGCUAGAGACUGUUUUCUUUCCAGAAAACAGUCUUUCACUACACAGUGAACUCCAGACAUAUUCCUUGUCGUAUGUAAGAAGCAAAAGAAAGAAAUCUUUCAGCUUGGCAUCUCUAGAAAAUAACAGAAAAGUAAAACUUGAACCUUCAUUCAAGACCAACUUUAAUGAAAAUUGUAACCUGGGCAAGACUGUUCUUCCAACCCAGUCUCCCUUUGGCAAAAGAAAUUUUGUAUUUACAUUGGAAUCAAAGCAUAGCCAGGACAACCCAAGCUGGAAUAAAACCCAGGAUCCCUUUGACUGUGACUCAGAGGAACCAAAGGAGGGCUUCCCCAAUUUGGGAAAUACCUGUUACAUGAAUGCAAUUUUACAAUCACUAUUUGCAAUUCCAUCAUUUGCUGAUGACUUACUCAAGCAAGGGAUCUCAUGGGAUAAAUUUCCCUUUGAAACUCUUAUUAUUCCCUUCAGCCAGUUGCUUGCUUUAAAAGAUAUUUGUAAGUUAGAGACCAAGGCAGAGUUACUUCUUAGUAUUAAAAAUGCUGUUUCAGUAGUGGCAGAGAUAUUCUCUGGCAACAUGCAGAAUGAUGCUCACGAAUUUUUAGGUCAGUGUUUAGAGCAGUUGAAAGGGGACAUUGAAAAAUUGAACAACCUUUGUAGUACUGAGAGGGAACCUGAGAAUGGAGAUUUAUCACCACAAAUGUUUGCUGGUGACACUGUCACCAAAUUGUUUGUUUGUCCUAUUGUUGCUAAUUUUGAGUACGAAUUACAGGUUUCCAUUAUUUGUAAAGCCUGUGGUCAGGUGGCUCUCAAGACAGAACAGAAUAAUUACAUCUCCAUAAAUCUACACCAAGAAAAAAACCCAUUUUUUCCAUCUAUUCAAAAUUACUUUGAUCUUUUCUUUAAAGAAGAAGAAGUCAAGUAUAACUGUGAGAAGUGCAAGAACCAGAAUUCUAUAUUGAAGAAUAAGUUUCAUCAGCUCCCCAGAGUCCUUAUUGUUCAUCUGAAACGCUACAGCUUAAAUGAUCAUUGGUUGCUAGUGAAGAAUGGCCGGCAAGUUGAGAUUCCUAAGUAUUUAAGUUUAUCUUCCCAUUGCAAUGAAAACACUAGACCACCGUGCCCCUUGGACAGUCAUGUGCCUGUUGGAGACCGCAAAGUCUCCCAAGAGAUGGUUUCUGAGAUCCUCAGCAACUCAGCACAAGCUCUGAAGUUGACCUCAGAACCUAAUGAUCCCUUGGAUCUAUGCAUGGGACCAGAUGAGGAUGCUGAACUCCAAACAGUCCAGAGAAUCUACGAAGGAGCAAGCCAAGAGCAGGAACAGACAGUUCUGGGAAGUGCUUCUAAACUGGAGCCAGAACUAGUUAAGUCAAGAAAUCAGACACUCAGUGAAAAGAAGCUACCAGCCUCCAAGUCAAUGACAGAUGAGGGGGACAUCUCUCUUCCUAUGAUUUGUGAAGAUGAAGGUAAGCCAGUCAGCAUCCCAGACCCAGGUUUUUCAGGAGCUCAUCUUCAAGAGGUGCCUGAAAUUCCAGACCUCAAAAACUAUAAACAAACCAAUAUACUUGGAGAGUUAGACUAUUACAGUGUUACUGGGUUGUUAAAAGGUUUGUAUGGCUAUUGUGAAAACAAGAAUCCAGAAGGUCAAGGAAUGGCCAAACAGCAUCAACAGCAUCAUGAGAAGAGAUUCAAAGAGGAAUUUCUUCAACUGACACCACCUCCAAGUGUUAGGAAGUUGGAUAUUCAGGAAAAUACGGACAAGGACCUAUGUAGAUCUUCAGAAUUAAGACUCCAGAAGGACGAUCUAACUUCCCUUGGUGCAUUGGGGUCUGAUAAGAAUCCUGAAAACAAAUACAUUUCAGAAAGUGAAAACAUAGCAGAUGAGGCCAAGAAACCCAAAACUGUGAAGACAGGAGAUCCUCUUCGGACUUAUAGGCUCAUCAGUAUUGUCAGCCAUAUUGGGAGCUCCCACAAGUCAGGUCACUACAUCAGUGACGUCUAUGACUUUGGAAAGCAGGCGUGGUUCACAUACAAUGAUCUAAAGGUAUCAGAAAUCCCAGAGGCCAGGAUACAGGAGGCAAGGCUGUGUAGGUACAUCUUUUUUUACAUGCAUAGUGAAAUUUUUGAGACAUUGUUGGAAAAGGCAGCAAAUUCUAAGCUUCUGAGUACACAGGCAGGGGAGAUCCCUCAAGAGGCAUAUGAAGAAGAGGACUUUUUUCACAGAUUGCUUGAUUACCUCACUCCCUCUAUAGAAGGAAUAUCUGAGCACUGCCCAGAAUGA